AUGAGCAAUCCAAAUAGACAAGUGUUUGUGUAUUACGGCCAACGCAAUCCCGAACAUUACAAUCAGUUUUUUAAUCCUAACAUCUGUCACGUUUGCAAAUCGGUGGACAAAGGCAAUCUGAUAUUGUGUAAUCGUUGCUGCUUGAUAUCGUACUGUAGCGAUCAGCAUAAAGAUCAACACCACUCGGAACACCAGGAAAUCUGUAUGAUUGUAACGCAAGUUUUGCAAGUGACACCGCAGAGGGACACGCGCACGUUCAGCAACUGGCAACAAUGGAUCCAAUCGAGGAAAGAAGCGAUGGAAACGAUCCAGCAGAAAUUUUACCGUCCAAUGGAGAGGUACGAGAGGCAAAUGAUCUUGUGGUCGAAAACGUGUGUUGUUUGUUACCAACAGGCCGGACUGAAAACAUGCCAAAGAUGCUACUCCGCUAAUUAUUGCGAUAAGCACGCGAAAGCUUUUCGCACGAGACACAAUGACGCCCUGUGCGAUCGGCUGAUGUUAUUGCUCAAUAUAGAUAUCAAAACUAUCUCUGGUCAUACAGCUAAUAUAUCGUACGGAUUCCUCCCAUUUGUUCAUGAGAGGAGCCGUUUCGAAGAGAUGCUUGAAUUUUGUAUGGACUAUGUAUUGAGGCGAAGAAGGACACACGUGGAUUGGCUCGCUAAAGACUACGUUCGGUCUGAUUACCUUUCGGGACCAUUGACGAUCUAUUCUGGACUGAAAAGUUUGAAUUUAUUAUAUAUUUUACGGCGGCCUGUUAUUGUCAUUCAUAUUUUAGGUUCUAAUUCCUUGGAUAGACGCGAUGUAUCCGCUUGGGAAAUCUUGUUACACCUUGUACCUGAAAUUACAAAUCUAGAAAUUGUAAUGAUAGGACCGAAAUUAGAGCAUGUCCGUUACGAAUGUGUCGAUCUUUGUGAGCAAUGUGUAAAUAGCAAAAAGGAGUAUUCUGCUUACGCAGUCCCUAUGUUGUAUUACGAUUAUAUAGAGUCGGCCAGUAUAUAUGGAGAUCCAGAUGUGAUCAUAGGAUUUCAUAUAGAUAUUAAGAAUGAGGACAGGUGGUUAGAAUCUGUAUUUCUAAUGUUUGAUCUAAUUCGUCCGCUAUUUUUAAGUUUUUCGUGUGAAGAAAAAGCCCUAAGAAACAUAAGUAAGAUACAAGAAAUUAUCGGGAUGAAUAUAGAGCCUACUUUUAGCGAAAGGAAUCACUUUUGCGGCCUCGCCCCGCACAGAGACAUCGAUACCGGCAAUACGUAUUUUCGUAACGAACAUUUAAUCAUUUACAAUAAUAUUGCACUCAUACCUUCGGACGUGCCCAGUGACUGA